UUAAUCACUUGUUUUUAUUCAACUUAGUUUUUAACUUGCUUCAUUGAUGAAACAGAGGACUUUAAUGCAAGAUGGGAUCAAAUGAGAAUGUUUCCAAUCAAAAAAUGGAAAAUGAAAAGGUCAAAUUUGAUGCUGGUGUACGAUUCUUUCCGACCGAUGAAGAGCUUAUAAAUCAAUACCUUGUCAAGAAAGUUGAUGACAAUAGCUUCUGUGCUAUAGCUAUUGCGGAAGUUGAUAUGAAUAAGUGUGAACCAUGGGAUUUACCAGAGAUGGCUAAAAUGGGAGAAACAGAAUGGUAUUUUUUCUGUGUGAGGGACAAAAAAUACCCAACUGGUCAAAGGACCAAUAGAGCUACUAAUGCUGGCUAUUGGAAAGCAACAGGCAAAGACAAAGAGAUUUACAAGGGAAAUUCAUUAAUUGGGAUGAAAAAAACAUUGGUUUUCUACAAAGGAAGAGCUCCGAGAGGUGAAAAAUCCAACUGGGUCAUGCAUGAAUACAGAUUGGAGGGUAACUCACUCUCUAAGCACAACAUUUUUCCUGAGCACAACCUUUUUCCUGAGCACAACCUAUCCACACAUGGAAUGAGUGAAUGGGUUGUCACUAGAGUCUUUGAGAAGCGUAAUUGUGGAAAGAAAAUGAAUGGUUCAAAACUUGGAAGGUCUAACUCCUCUAGAGAAGAACCAUCAAAUACUAAUGCAGCAUCUCUAUGGGCUCCAUUUUUGGAAUUUUCUCCCUACAAUAGUGAAAAUAAAAUCACUAUUCCUGAUUUCUCAAAUGAGUUCAAUUCAUUCACCAAUCCAAAUCAAUCAGAGAAACCAAAAACACAAUAUGACAACAUUGUUCAUAACAAUGAAACAAGUAUCUUGAACAUUUCAUCGUCUUCAAAACAAAUGGAUGUUUACCCUUUAGCUGGAGCAACAGUGGCUGAUCCCAACCUAACCUCAAUGGCCGGGAAUUCUUCAAACUUUUUCUUCUCCCAAGAGUUUUCGUUUGGGAGAGAAUUUGAUGCGGAUGCUGAUAUCUCAUCUGUGGUAUAUGGAAAUGACAUGUUUCAAAGGUGGUCUGGGUAUCAAGAUUUGUCACCAGCUUCUACUGGACUUGCAGCCAAUGAUAGCUUCUGGAAUUUCUGAUUACAAACAAAAUUUCUUGUUGGUAGUGUGUCUGCAUGUCCUUUUUAUCUGUUUGUUAGUCUGAACGGUCAAAUUAUCCCUUGUAUAAUACCUGUUUUAUUAUAGUGUAUUGUAUCUAUUUUAUCUGAA